ACCUUGCAUCCUAUUGCAGUCAAGGACUAUCUGACAGUUAGGAGUUACCAAAAUAAUGUGUUUCCUAUUUCGCGACCAAAAUGUAUUAGGCAGAUAGAUCGGAAUAAUAUAUAUCACCUUUCUAUAUACACAUAUAUAAUUCCGAUCAUAUAAUCAUAUAUAUAACAAAAAAUCGUCGUGAUUUGGUUUAUGUACAUUUAACGUGUCCCGUUCUAGAAAGUACCGAAAAUGUAUCUCGAUGUAAAAAAAACGACGAAAAAAAUAAAUAACGGACAUUAAUUACGUUCUGUCGGAAGUAAAGAAAGGAGCCGGAUACAGACAGAAAAAAGAAAGAGAAAAGGGGACGGAAAGAAAUGACCAACUUCGCUAUCAGCUGUAUGACCCUUCUUGGACUGCAUGCAAUACUAUCAGUGCAAAACGUCUAUGCUGUCCAAUGUUACGCUUGCAACACCUUCCUCACCGAGGACUGUAAGGACCCAUUUUCCGGUGUCGGUGUCAGAAAAGAUGAGUGCGAAACUGGCUGUGUAAAGAUGAAAGGAAAAAAUAGCAAAGGAUAUGAAGGUAUUACAAGAUCUUGCUCCGACCGUACGGACAACAAGUGUAAGUCAGGGGAAGAUCUCGGAUUCGAAGGUGAAGGAUGUGCUUGCCAAACGGACCUCUGUAACUCCGCUGAACGUCCUUUCCGCUUCUGGACAAUGGCUGCUGGUGUUGCUAGCAUUUGUGCAGUUCUGCGCGUGUUUUAGACUGGCAUGCGGUUUAGGAGUAAUCAAAUAUGAAACAAUUUCGAUUUUUAUUUGUAUAAUCACCAGCAUUAUAUUAUUAAAAAUAUAAUAAGUUCUAGA